UCACUGACACUAGUAUUUAAACAUCACAAAUGGCAACAAAAAAAUCAACCACUGAUCUGUAAUUGAUUGUGCGUCAUAAAAACGGGGAGUUGAUUUUACGAUGGGUUCUGGAUCCCAUUGGACGGCGAAGCAGAACAAGGUGUUCGAAAAUGCUUUAGCCAUCUACGACAAAGACACGCCGGAGCGGUGGCACAAUCUUGCCAGAGCCGUCGGCGGCAAGACGGCGGAGGAAGUUAAACGCCACUACGAAAGGCUCGUUGAAGAUGUCAACAAGAUCGAGACCGGCCAAGUUCCUUUCCCUAAUUACCGAAGGUCCGGACCUGCCGUUAGAGGAUUUUGCUUUGUUGACGAAGAACAACGGAUGAGGAGUCUACGAUUGCACUGAAGUACAGACGUGGGAAGACGAGAGUCUCUCCAUUAACCUUUUUUCAACUAAAACUUUCAAUGUCCAACCACCAAAUGUUAAUGAAAUAUGAAGGCCAAUAUAGCUAGUUUUCUUCACCCAUCUUUAAUUGUAAUUUAGUUUUUUUCUUUUUUCUUUUUUAAAUCUUUUAUCAUCAACUGUGGUCCAAUUUGUUUUAUAUUGAAUAAUACUCGUAUGUCAACUAUAAUAUAACUCGAUUGAUAUAAA